AUGCCUGUCUCGGUCGCUAUCAUUGCCGGUGCAGGCCCUGGAACCGGCGGCGCCAUCGCUCGUCGAUUCGCUCAAGCUUAUCCGGUCGUGCUCCUCGCGCGGUCGCAAGCCUCGCUGGAUCCCAUUUCUCGCGAUAUCACGGCGAACGGCGGGUCUGCCCUCAGCAUUCCGACCGAUGUGACCAGCCCGACAAGCAUGGGGUCCGUGAUUGAUCAGAUCAAAGCUCGUUUCGGAGACGAUGCGGACAUCGCGGCGGCCAUCUACAAUGUCGCCAGCAAGUUCACUCGCAAGCCUUUCCUCGAAACGAGCGCAGAUGAAUUCAUCAGUAGCCUCGAGCCCAGUGUCAAGGGCGCGUUCAACUUCGCCCAAGCGACUCUGCCCUUGAUGCUGCAUGGAGGAAAGGGCCAAUACCCGCCGACUUUGAUCUUCACUGGUGCCACUGCUGCGUUGAAGGGAGGCUCGGGGCUCUCCUCGUUCGCCAUGUCCAAAUUUGGCAUUCGUGCCAUGUCGCAGUCGCUGGCCCGGGAGUUUGGUCCGCAAGGGGUUCAUGUCUCCCAUGCCAUCAUUGACGGCAUCAUCGACACUGAAAAGACCCGGGGAAUCAAUGAUGAUAAACCAGACGCGAAGAUUGACCCAACCUGGAUUGCCGAGUCCUAUUGGUUCUUGCACACGCAGCCAAGGACAACAUUUACUCACGAGAUUGACUUGCGGCCGUAUUCCGAGACUUGGUAG